GUGGCUUUUUAGACGAUCGUCAUCAUUCUGGGAUUUCUCUUGUGGAUGUGGCUAAAAUCUGGUCCAUUUGACUUGGAGACAGGCUUGGGCAUUGCUGGACGUUGUACAUCAUUUUUUAAAUCGUUUUAACGCUAACUAUACACAAGAAAUAAAAUGCCUGGCCCUGCCGCAAGUGCUACCAAUGUCGGCGCAUCCAGCCGAUCUCCCAGCAAAGCUGUGGCCCCCAGAGCGGCAGGCUCUACAGUCAGACAGAGGAAAGCCACCAGCAGUGGAACGAGGAGUGCAGGACGGACGGCUACCUCAGCAGGCACUGGGGGGAUGUGGCGCUUCUACACCGAGGACUCUCCAGGGCUGAAAGUUGGCCCGGUUCCCGUCCUGGUCAUGAGCCUGCUCUUCAUCGCCUCCGUCUUCAUGCUGCACAUCUGGGGGAAGUACACCCGCUCAUAAACGCCACCCGCACCCGCACCCCCACCCCGUCUGCCCCUUUCAACUUAAUCCACCGGACCUGGACCAAACUCCGUCUCCACCGAAACCUCAGCGACUGCAGGGCACCUGAGGAAGCACACGCACGCCCCUCCUCCGUUUGGUUCAUCAGGAGGACGUUACCACCAUCUUUUCAUUUAAUGUAUUGAUUUUUUUUUUUUUUCAAACCCAACCCUGCUUUCUAGUUUUUUUUAACCUUUUUUUUUUUCGUCGUUCAAAAUGAGAACGUAGUUUUUGUUAACGUCCUUUGUACAAACAAUUAUGCAAGGUUGAACAAUAAAACGAAUCCAAUGUU